AUGACCUGUAGGACCACGAGCAGCCGCCGGACAGAGACACUCCCGUACAGGUUUCGAAAGAGAGCAAGCCAAAGUUCAGAAAGGAAGGCGGCCAGGCUGCGCCAGCAGGCGCCGGAGGUGGAGGUGUACGCCCGCAACCGUGCGGUGGAUGGCGAGGAGAACACGCUCAACUGCUUUGUGAGUGGGUUCUACCCUGCCAGCAUCGACAUCGCCCUCCUGAGGAACGGGGAGCCCAUGAUCGGCGUGCAGUACGGGGACAUGUCCUUCAACGACAAGUGGUAUUUCCAGCGCCUGGUCCAUGCCCCGUUCGUCCCCCACCGCGGUGACAUCUAUGUCUGCAGGGUGACCCAUUCUGCCUUCACGGAGCCACAGUCGUUCCGGUGGGAGCCAGACUUCUAA